ACCUUUUCGAACGAGCAUGUCUGGCUUCGAUGCAAUCAUUAACCGCAAAGCUCCUAGUCCAUGGGAGCUGUUCAAGACCAAUCCUAGCCUUUAUAUAGCUUCAAAGUUAUAUAAUAGUCUCAGCCAACAACUGCUACGUCCUUUGUCUACCCCCGUUCGCACCAUAUGCAUAUCAGACACUCACAACACCGACAUAUCUGCCCUGAUACCACCCGGUGAUAUCCUCAUUCAUGCAGGUGAUCUCACUCAUUCUGGCACUCCCCGUGAGCUCCAGGUCACCUUUGACUGGCUAGUCUCCCUUCCACACAAACACAAAAUCGUCAUAGCCGGUAAUCACGAUACGUACCUUCAGACAGCCGAGGGUCGUUCAUGGGUCCACACAUGGCGAGAUCGUGGCAUAAUCUAUCUGGAGGACGAGGCUCACACUAUCCAAGUGCGCGGUCGCGCAUUCAAAAUCUUUGGAAGCCCAUUCACUCCGCAGCACGGCAAUGGUGCUUUCCAAUACCCACGUACGGGUGUCACUGGCACUCCCAGCCGUUGGUCUGUCAUUCCAAACGACACAGAUAUUCUCAUCACUCAUGGUCCUCCUCACGGUCAUCUCGAUCUCGCUGGACUUGGUUGCAGAGCCCUGCUUGCACGUAUAUGGGAGCUCGGUAGGACACACCAGCUAGUACUUCAUGUGUUCGGACACAUUCAUGGCGGUCGUGGAAUCGAGAAUAUGUCCUGGAACUCUGCUCAGUCAAUAUGGGAGGACAUUGUGCUCAAGAAAGGCAGUUGGUUUCGCACUAUGCAUUUGAUAUGGGCGAUACUUUGGGGUGGCCGGGAUAAUAGUAUAAGGACAAUUGCUGUCAAUGCAUCUGUGGUCGGAGGUCCGCGAGACCGUGAUAUCCGGCCUCCUGUCGUCAUUGAUAUAUAAAAAAUCGAAAUCCACUAUCGCAUUCACCCACUGACUAGUGACGUAUCCAUACCGCUAGCUCUCUACCCACUUACAAGUUUGGGUCAACACGUCAUGCCCAUAUCCUUGUACUAUCAUACACUUGUAAUACAGGAAAGUGUGCUCAUCGCUGAAUUGAUUCAUCCCUCUAUAUAUCCUCCACACAAAACCUUUAACUCCUUGAUCUGCGCUUCCUGGA